UCAAAAACAUACACCUAUUCCUUCUCUCUCGCAUAUAUAAAAACGUUUCCUUUGGUUUCCCAACAAAGACAACUUCGAUUACUGGAAAAACCCUUUAAAAUUUCUCUAUUAUUUCGACAUCUGGAGAAGAUGUCAUCUGCAAGCUAUAAAGCUACUACACCAACAGAUUUGGUGUGACAACAAGAUUCUGUUUUUCUCCCUUUAGACUCAAAAACUUCUUUUUUGGUCUAUGGAUUCUUCAUAAACAAGAUUUGUUCCUUCAAUCAUGCCCAUACACUCAUUUAUUAAGUACAAUUAAAAGAUUAGUUCAAUUUUAAACUUUCUUGCUCCACCCCCAUGAUAUCUGUUUCACCAUUUCCGGCAUAGUAUUGAUUCAGUACCCAAAUCUUGGGAUUUGAAUUUUUUUUUAACUUUUUGUGAUCUUGGGACAUAUCCACUUGCUUUGUUGUGAUUUUCUUGAUCUGGGGUUGGAAUUUUAUUACCUAAACUGUUUGGUUGAAUCGACUUGUUUGAUGUGAUUCUUGAAAAUCCCUGCUUUUUAAAAGUAGAAUGUUGUGAACCACACACCAAUGAUAAGUAUAGCAAUUUGGUAAAAAGAAAAUCUUGAGUUUUCUUGAUGUGAUUUUGUUAGGGGAAGAAAGAGCUUGGUAGAAUUAGAAAUGAAGUCAAGAGUAGGGAGUCAAGGGUCAUUGGAGGAGGGUAAAGAUUCUGCUACUAAGGUGGUAACUCAGUAUAAGCCUUUAUCAAUAAGGUUACUUCAGUUUCUGUUGUUAUUUUUGGGUAUUGGUAUUGUAUUUUCAUUGCUUAGUAUGUGUAUGGUUCGGUAUUCAGUAAUGCAGAAUGUAAUUCCUAUGGUACAAUCAAGAUUUCAGCCCUGUUUUCAACAACUUAGUUUGGAGAGUUGGAUUAGGCCACCGUCGAGUCUGUUGCAUUCGAUGAAUGACACACAGUUGUUUUGGCGAGCUUCAAUUGUUCCUCAAAUCAAAGAAUAUCCAUUUAAUAGAACGCGUAAGAUUGCGUUCAUGUUCUUGACUAGAGGGCCUAUACCUUUGGCGCCGUUGUGGGAGAGGUUUUUCAAGGGGAAUGAGAAGCUUUAUUCAAUCUACAUCCAUUCAUUGCCAUCAUACAAACCUGAUUUCCCACCUUCAUCAGUAUUUCAAGGCAGGCAAGUUCCUAGUCAGGAGGCGAAAUGGGGAAGAAUGAGCAUGUGUGAUGCUGAAAGACGGCUUCUUGCUAAUGCACUGCUUGAUAUCUCCAACGAAUGGUUUAUCCUCCUAUCUGAGGCAUGCAUUCCUCUCCAUAACUUCAAAGCUAUCUAUCACUACAUAUCAAAAUCGAGGUACAGCUUUAUGGGUGCAGUCGACGAACCUGGACCUUUUGGAAGAGGGCGUUACAAUCCAAAUAUGGCACCUGAGGUUAACAUCACUGAAUGGCGUAAAGGAUCCCAGUGGUUUGAAGUUAACAGGAAACUGGCUGUUGACAUUGUUAAAGAUGAAGUAUACCACCCUAAGUUUGAGCAGUUCUGCAGACCGGCAUGUUAUGUGGAUGAGCACUAUUUUCCAACUAUGCUAACCAUAGAAUCUCCUCGCCUGCUGGCAAACCGGACUCUCACUUGGGUGGACUGGUCCAGAGGUGGUGCUCAUCCUGCUACAUUUGGGAAGGCCGAUAUUAAUGAUCAAUUUUUCAAGAGAAUUUCUGAAAGCCCAACAUGUGUAUACAAUAACCAGCCAACUUCACUUUGUUACCUUUUUGCCAGAAAAUUUGCUCCUAGUGCGUUGGGUCCUUUAUUAGAACAUUCUACUAAGUUUUUGGGCUUCUGAAAUUCAAAAACAUUUGUUAUAAAAUAUGAGCAGGAAUCCAUAUAGGAAAUUUCCUAGCUAAUUAGAUCUGGUGAUCAAGCAAGUGUCAUGCUUGCUAUUAGAUAAUUUAAUAUAUAGAAUGCGAUGCAUGAUCUGAUAUGCUCAGUGUACUCUAUUCUAUUAUCAUAUUGUAUUGUUGCUGUUGAUUUUUA